GAAGGGUUAGCGGUUUGGUUUCCGGUUCCGGGCUGGCAGUAUCCUUCACAAACAGGCAAAAUGUUGACUCGAUUUUCACGGAUUGGGAUCGCUUUGCCCCGGUUACUCUGUAAUCCACCUGCUCGGUUCGUCUCUCAGUCAAAGCCGACCGGUGCUGCAGGUUCGACCGCUGUGACGGAGCUCCACCCCGCCGGAGAGCAGUCCGGGCACGGGGAGGUCAGCCCGUAUGUCAAGAAUCCAGAUUACCACGGCUUCUCCAGUGAUCCAGUGGAGGAUGAGUGGAACAUGAAGCUGGCCUUCUUCUUUGGCAUCUCAGUUGCUCUUGUCAUUGGAGGAACAUUUAUCCACUAUCUACCUGAUUAUGGCAUGCGACAGUGGGCCAGAAGAGAGGCAGAGCGUUUGAUUCAGCAGAGAGAGAAGGAGGGUCUCCCUUUCAUAGAGGAGAACUACUUUGACACAAACAAAAUCAUUCUGCCCACAGCUAGUGGAAAGUAGGAUGUCCACCACUCACCACUGUAAUACCCAAUCAUAAUUAUUGUAUUUCAUUGUGAAAAAAAAUAAAAUGUGUGUCUGUAUGCCUGU